GACAGCUCAAUUUAAAGUCUUUUACUGUAUUUAUAAUGAAAAUAUUGUGUUUAUUUGUUGCGGUCGUAUUGCUAUCGGCUGAUGCCCUGCCAAAUGUUAAGCCUGGUCAGUUUAAGGGCAAAAUAUGGGUGGUGCUAUGUGCUGGUGGUACAGGGUGGAAUAACUACUCAAUUCAUGCCAAUGUAUACCACGCCUACCAAAUGGUAAGGGCUAACGGUAUCCCGGAUGAGAAUAUAAUUAUUAUGCAUUACGAUGACAUUGCGUAUAAUAAAAUGAACCCGCAACCUGGUGUUGUAGUUAACGAGCCCAAUGGCACCAACCUAUACCAUAAUAUUCCCAAACAUUAUACCGGUGAUGAUGUCAACCCUAAUAACUUUUUAGCAGUACUUAAGGGCGACCCUGAGUUAGCUAAGCUUGGCAAAAAGGUGGUCAACAGUGGCCCUGAUGAUCAUAUAUUUGUAUAUUUUAUUGACCAUGGAUCACCAGAUUUAAUAGUAUUCCCAAAGGAGUACUUAUAUGGGGAGGAGUUAAACGCCGCCCUAAAGGAUAUGCACCAAAACAAACGCUAUGAGAAACUCGUGUUUUAUUUGGAAACUUGCGAAUCAGGCUCAAUGUUUGACAAAAUGCUACCGAAAGACAUAGGCGUAUACGCCGUCACCUCAUCCAAGCCCACUCAGGACAGUUGGCAAGCGUUUUGUGAUUUUGAAAAAUACAAAGCGUGCCUAGGUGGUCUGUUUAGCUACUACUGGUUCAAAAAUAGUGAGACCGCAGACCUACAGGUGGAGACACUGGAGGAGCAAUUUAAAAUUGUUUUUGACUCAGCAAACAAGUCUAAUCCAAAAAUUAUCCCGGGCACUCAACAAGUGCAACAGUAUGGCGAUUUGUCUAUUGGCAAAUUACCAGUAGCUGAGUUUCAAGGGUUUCAUAAAGUUUCCGAUGAGACACAUGAGUAUCCAUCCAUUGAGGACUGGGAUGUUGUGAAGUUCAGUGAUAUACCCAUAUAUAUGGUGGAGAAUUAUAUUAAGUCCACUAAUGAUGUCAAUGAGAAACUGAGGUAUGUUAAAGAGUUGGAGACUAUACUGAAAGGUCGCGAAUACGUGGAUAACGUGUUCAAUGAAUACGUGAAUAGUAUUCAACACUUAAUGCCAAACAUCGCAACCAAUGCUAUACUCCAUACGAAACAAGAGNAACACUUAAUGCCAAACAUCGCAACCAAUGCUAUACUCCAUACGAAACAAGAGCUCAAUAAUAGACACUGUUAUCGACAACUGGUCGACACUUUCCACCAAAACUGCUUUAAUUUGAAUCAAAAUCCAUAUGUUGUGACAAAACUGCAAACAUUUGUGAAUAUUUGCGAACAAAUGCGUGACUCGAGUGAUGCGGACAUUGCUGUCAACCGAUUGAUACAACACUGCGAUAGAAAUAUUAACACCAAUAAUGCAAUUAAUAUAAUUUGAAAAUAAUGUAAUGUUUAUUAAUAUAAAAUAAAUAAAAUUAUUCA